AUGCGCGGGCAGGGCGCGGCGUUGCCCGCGGUCCGGAGCGGGCAGGGCGCGGAGCAAAGCGCAUCCCUAUCGCCCUCGGCCAGGGCUGCAGCCUCCUUCUCCGGGAGCUCGGGUCUGGCCGCGGAAGGAGCGAAGAAGCCAGACGGGGAUCAGCAAAAAACCACGGUGAUUGAAAACGGUGAAAUCAGAUUCAAUGGAAAAGGGAAAAAGAUUCGGAAGCCUCGAACCAUUUACUCUAGUCUACAACUCCAGGCUUUAAAUCAUCGCUUCCAGCAGACUCAGUACCUGGCACUUCCAGAGAGAGCUGAACUGGCAGCUUCAUUAGGACUUACCCAGACACAGGUGAAGAUCUGGUUUCAGAACAAGCGCUCCAAAUUCAAGAAGCUGCUGAAGCAGGGCAGCAACCCCCACGAGAGCGACCCGCUGCCCGGCUCCGCCGCCCUCUCCCCUCGCUCUCCGGCUCUGCCUCCAGUCUGGGACGUUUCAGCUUCUGCCAAGGGAGUCAAUAUGCCUCCCAACAGCUACAUGCCUGGCUAUUCUCACUGGUAUUCUUCUCCACAUCAAGACACAAUGCAGAGACCACAAAUGAUGUGA